AUGCCACAAGUGGAUGGUGCUGCUAUACCAACAACAAAUAAUCAAACUAGUGAAACUGUACAUAAUCAUAAUACUAAUAGUUCAACUCGUCCAACUUUAAGUAACAACAACAUGAAUACUGCUAGGAACAAUAAUAACCAACACCAGCUAGUUAACGUUCGGGAUAGAUUAUUUCAUGCAAUAUUUAUUAAGGCUGCGUUAAUUUAUGCAAGGACAUUUCCAAGGCCUGUCAGAAGAUUUUUAGAAUUUAUGACAUUAUUAAAGGCCAUAGCAGCAUUUUUUGUAUUGGCUUAUAUUCAUAUAGUAUUUUCACGAACACCAACUAACUGUUUGGAGCAUAUAAGAGAUGAUUGGCCUCGGGAUGGUAUAUUAAGAGUUGAAAUACUUAGAAAUGGAGGUGACGAUUAUAGCAUUGAAAAAAGCUAUGCAAAAGAAGAAAAAUUACGACAAGAGAAACUUUAUGAUCUAACUGAUGCGUUGGGAAUAUUAACUAGAGAUGGAUUUAUUAACAUUGAACCAUCUGCCGUUGACGAAGAACGUGAUAGCGUUAAUGUAUCGAACGAAGAAAAUCAUGAUAGUUUAACAUUAUCCGAGAAAGAAUUAAUUCUAAAAGGUACUGCUGUUUCUGGAGAUACACAAGAUUCAAAGUUGAAUAUAAAUAAUACAACAACUCCUUCAUUGUCAACAAAACUUUGGAAUGAAAUGAAUAUGGACAAUAAAGAAGUACUAGAUGAGAAUGUAGUGCCGCUAAGUGCGCAUAAUAAUACUGUAGAACAAGAUGCAAAUGAAGUAAACAAAGAUGAUGUUAUUCAACCUUUAAAGGAUCCUAAUUCCGAAGUGAGAACAGACGAUGGUUAUAUCGUGGAAUAUUCAUUAGAAUAUGGUUUCUUGAGGUUAUCACCCGUAGCACGACAAAGAUUAAACAUUCCUGUAAAGAUCGUUACUUUAGAUCCUGCUAACGAUAAGUGCUUCGGUGAUGAUUUCUCGAGGCUAAUACUUGAUGGAUUUUUGGGGUACGAUGAUUUAUUGAUGGCGAGUAUUAAGACGUUAGCAGAACACGAAGAUAAUAAAGGAUUUUUACGUAAUGUGGUUACGGGAGAACACUACCGAUUUGUAAGCAUGUGGAUGGCCAGAACUUCCUAUCUUGCCGCCUUUUUCAUCAUGUUGGUUUUUACGAUCUCCAUUUCGAUGUUGCUGCGUUACUCGCAUCAUCAGAUCUUCGUCUUCAUUGUGGAUCUACUUCAAAUGUUGGAGUUCAACUUAACGGUAACGUUUCCUGCUGCAUCUUUGCUCACGGUGAUUCUCGCACUUGUUGGUAUGGAGGCGAUUAUGUCAGAAUUUUUCAACGAUACUACAACUGCCUUUUAUAUCAUACUUACCGUCUGGAUUGCUGAUCAGUACGAUGCUAUUUGCUGUCACACACCUGUCACAAAGAGACACUGGCUUCGAUUCUUCUAUCUCUAUCACUUCUCCUUCUACGCGUAUCAUUAUCGAUUCAAUGGACAGUACAGCAGUUUGGCUCUUGUUACAUCUUGGCUUUUCAUAGAGCAUUCGAUGCUCUACUUUUUCCACCAUUACGAGUUGCCCGUGAUUCUUCAACAAGCUCAGUUGCAAAAUCUUCUGUUCAAUCCUCAGCCAAGAAUAGUUGAACGUCUGUUCGAACCUUCUCCAAGCUUGAACAGAGCAUUGCCCAGCCCGGAACCAUCGUCUGAACCUACUUCAACGCGUGCACCAACAGCGGGAUACGAACGUACAGAGGAAACGUCUUCUUCGAGUAGCCCAACGCAUUCUGAAUCGGAUUCAAGUACUUCUGAGGUUCAAUCUCAGGAGUUGCGUGGAUCUACGACCGCCGAGACGCACAAUGAUGUCCAUCCUCAAGCGGACAACUUGGCAACGGUUCAGUCUCAAGAGCAAACUGCAAACACAGCGAAAAUAGCACAGUCCAGCCAUCAAGAAAGUCAAGAAGCAACAGACGGUCUGACGACGUCGACAGCUUCGAGCACGGUUACAGAGGCGAUCGAGAUUACGAAGGAGGAACCGAAAACGGUGGCGGCUGGAUCCGGGAACGGGAACACAUCGGUCGAGGCAACGGACAAUGGAUCAUCGACCGAUACUUCUACGUCGGAAGGUUUCGAGGUGAUCGAGGCGACCGAGGCGACGCGAAAGGAAACGACGUCCUGUCAGGACAAGUAGGAAUGUUAAACGCCUCGAGCCAUGCCAGUUGCAUUGCGGAUAGUCUAGGAGAAGAGAAAGGUUGUCGUUUUCAGCGUGGCUGCAUCUGCGAACAGGAUCGUCCCAGCGACUCUGAGAUCUUAAGGAUCGCAGGACGAUCGAUAUCUUGGGUGAUAGUUGUACAGGGUGAUUCAGGAUGGGUGGUGCAUUCAGUUGCAAUUUAGGCUCCCCUUAAUUCAGAUAAUUUGUAAACCCUCCGUCUAUUUAUCCAUGUUUUCACAUGCUAGGUCCUUCCCAAACUGAUGGGUCCUUUUACAUUUAUCCCUAAUCAAAAUGUUGCACUUGAAUAUAUAUGCGGUCAGAAGAUGAUUCAAUAUGAAAAAAUAAAUUGAAAAUGACCGUAUUAAUUUGGAAAAAUUAUUUUGAAAAUUGCAAAUAUUUACAGUCAAGAAUUAAGUACAUACUCGAAUAAUUUUCAAGUUUAAUUAUUUCAAAAAUGAAACAGUGUAGAAACAAAAUUUUAUUUUAUAAUUUCAAUUUAUUUUUUAAUAUAGAAUCAUCUGUGCCCAAUUGUACGAUUUUACCUGACCCACCUUAUAUGCCUUGGAUUAUAAAAUCGGCUGAGGAACACCGUUUAUUUUAUAACCGAUCGAUGUCUCAAAGUCGUGGACAGGUUGUUGAUCUUUCGAUCAGGUGUUAGGUUUUAACGAGUAACCGAGGAUCGGUAGGGAUGAAACAGGAUAACUGAUGGGCCUGGAAAUAUAUUCUCUUACUUCUCACGAGAAGUUGACGCAUGCAAUAUCGCGUCCCCGAGGUCGGCCAGAAAGACGAAACUCCUGAAGGAAGCGAGACGAGUUCGAAAGUUCGUUACCGUGUUUAGGGACGACUGAACGAGAAAAAUGUAGAUCGUAAAAGAUACGAGCGAAUAGGGUAGGUUUUUUAUUCGGUAGCAAAACGGAGAGGCAGUUUUUAGUAAUUAGAUGAGUGCAAAAGUUGUGUCUGUUCAAAUAAUAAAAUUGUUUUUUCUUUUUUUAAUUUUUGUUCAUUUUCUAUGUGUCUAUAUGUUCCUCAUUUCAUCUUGUGACACCUUUCCAAGUGUUCUACAAAAUUUUUUAUUUUUAACCCUUUUAUUACUAUUUUCAUAUGAUUAUAAUUAAAGUAGAUAAUUUGGCAGUUAAUGAAACGACAGAACUUUUGCAAUCACUAUUUCAAUGAUUUUGAUACGCGUUAAUGGCUACUGAGUAAUUUUAUGAAUAUCAGGGCCAAUAAAGUAUAAACAGGAAUUUUACCAAAAAUCGUGUAUUAGUUACUGUAUUCUCAAAAUACAAGUCGUUUUUCUACAUAAUUUCCUUGAAGAUCUACGCCCUUUAGCUACGAGAUUGGCCAUUUCAUAAAAAAUCAUGGAGUGUGUUUGACACCAAUUGCACAGGAAUUAUUUAAAAUUAUUUCCAGUACAGUGCGUGGAAUAAAUGAUUAAAUUGAAAAAAUAAUCCAGAAUUAUUUUGAGUGUCCCAUGAAUUAUGAUGGGGAGUGUACGUGUCGAUAUCGAUUCUUUCACGUGCAUUUAUUUAACAUUUCACGUGCUUGCUGUCGAGAACAAUUAAAAUGUACAUUUUUAUGACAAUCAGCAAGGUUUCCAUGUUGACAUGCUGGUAUCAUUUAAGGCGGCUGAUUAUUGUAAUAUAAGCUAUAUUGUAUCAUACGUUUUGGGGGUGAAACGUGUUGUUUUGGCGGGUCUUUGUGUCGCGAGUAUAAAUUAGUUAGUUAGUUAGUUGCGAUUUCAUUUUGAAAAUGUGUUUCUGGCAAAAUUAACACGUUGAAUGCCAUUGGGGUCGUCAAUGACUAGUAUUACAAAUACAAUAUAAUUCAAUAACUGAAAGAAAUUAAAAAAAGUUCUUAGUAGCAUAGAUAUUAUAUUAUUUUCAUGAAGUACCACGUGGAAAAUAAUAUUAAUUACACAAGGUACCAAGUGAAAAACAAAAAGAUCCUGAUUUGAAUAAUUAAAAUGAUGACAUGAUUGACAACACGUGUCUGUUUUCAAUGCGGCAUUUAAUGUGUUAAAUUUUACUUGCUCGAAUGGAACACCAUGAGAACAAUUGUUGAGCUGUUUUAGAGUAAGAAGGAUUAAUAGGUGACAGAACUUUUAAAGAGAUACUUACUGCACAUACAUACAUAUAUAUGUAUUUAUUCCUAAUUAUAUCAACGUUCUACUCUCGGUGUGUAUAUGUAAAAAUGUACCGUGAAAAAAAAAAAAAAAAAAAGAAAAAACGAAAGGGUAAAUA